AUGGACAACAGCAGCGAUAAGUGGGCACCAAUGCUCUGCCAGGAAAGGUUCGAUAGUUUUGCCCAGAUCCGGAAAUACCAUGUGGAGUUGUUGACUUACUGGUCUAACCUGAUUGCAUACAGGCUUCAAAGCCAGACAACAGAGGGCUAUUACGACAUUCUGGACAGUCUGACUGAGCUAGCCAACUAUAUAAGCCUUGCGGGCAUCAUGCUGCACGUGGACGAAUCUAGCUUGUUAACGGAGUCUAGCGUGGAACAGCACUGCCAUGAAAGAACCAAGUAUAUCUUUCUCUCCGAGAGAAUGCUUGAAAUGAUCCAUUUUCUCACAACCUACCCCGACAUGAUGCAGUUGUCGGAUGUACUCAAGAUGUACGCCGUGCAACUUGGGCGACUCAGGUUUCUUGGUGAUGGGUCACCAGUGGAUGAGUACGCAGAUGGACUGGAAAAGAUUGCGGCGGAGUUGUGCCCAAAGUGGCGAGCAAAUCCAGAACACUGGCAUAGUACAGCCUGGACAGAGCUUCAAAUUGGUAUGAACAGCUCAUCGUGGUGCUUGGUAGACUCAAUAUGA